AAAAAACCAAACGGCAAAAAAUUGAGACAGACCGGUACGGGACCAUAAACCGUUCUAACAAUUGCAAAAUGGCGCCGAUGACAUGACCAUUCGCCCAGACGUAAAGCCCACGGUUUUCCCGCGCGUGUAUUUUACUCGCCUCCCAACCCUUUCCCGACUGCCGGAGGUUUUUUUUCACUGCCCUACCUCGCCUCCGGCAACUGCAGAUUCUUCCUUUUUCUCUCAGAUCCCUCUCUCUCUCUCUGUCUUCAAUCUAUCCACGAGUCCCGUGGUUGAAUCAAUUAGUUUCUCUUGGAAUCUUACUCCUGUUUUGAUUUUCUGUUGGAUUCUAUUAGGAUUAUAUCUACUUUUGCGGUUGAACCAUUUAUUGCAGCUGGUGGUUCAUUUCAAUGUCUCGGACGCUUUUGGUUUUGAUUGUGUGUCUGAGUGCGUUGCGAUUGGGAGCUUCGUUGGGAUCGCGUUCGAUCCUUAGAGCGGUUGCUGAUAAGAACGGGGAUUCUGAAGAUUAUGCAGUUGAUUUGAACGCCACUAAUUUCGAUGCGGUUCUUAGGGAUACUCCAGCUACAUUUGCGGUUGUUGAAUUCUUCGCUCACUGGUGCCCUGCUUGCAGAAACUAUAAGCCCCAUUAUGAAAAAGUUGCUAGGCUUUUCAACGGACCCAAUGCUGUGCACCCGGGAAAAGUGUUAAUGACAAGAGUGGAUUGUGCAUUGAAGAUAAAUACCAAUCUCUGUGAUAAAUUUUCGGUGGGUCACUAUCCUAUGCUCUUUUGGGGUCCUCCUUCCAAAUUUGUGUCUGGCAGUUGGGAUCCUAAGCAAGAGAAAAGUGAAAUACGUAAUAUCGAUAAUGGACGGACUGCAGAAAAGUUACUAAAUUGGAUAAAUGAGCAAAUAGGCAGCUCAUUUGGCUUGGAUGACAAAAAAUUUGAAAAUGAGCAUCUGUCAUCCAAUAUAUCAGAUCCAGGACAGAUUGCUCGAGCAAUCUAUGAUGUCGAGGAGGCGACAUCCACUGCCUUUGAUAUUAUCUUGGAACACAAGAUGAUCAAGUCUGAAACUCGAGCGCCCCUUAUAAAAUUUCUUCAACUUCUGGUGGUUCAUCAUCCUUCUAUGAGGUGUCGAAAAGGUAGCGCAGAGAUACUUGUUAACUUCGACGAGUUGAGCCCUGCAAAUACGAAACAAGAAGAGGUUGCUAGUGUAAAGGGUGCAGUUAAGAACUUUCAGAUAUGUGGAAAAGAUGUUCCUCGUGGAUAUUGGAUUUUCUGCCGCGGCAGCAAGAACGAUACGAGGGGGUUUAGUUGUGGUUUAUGGGUUCUACUGCAUUCACUUUCUGUGAGAAUUGAGGACGGAGAAAGCCAGUUUGCAUUCACAACUAUAUGCGAUUUCGUCCAUACCUUCUUUGUUUGCGAGGAAUGUCGUCAGCACUUUUACGAAAUGUGUUCGAGCGUGUCUAGUCCUUUCAACAAAGCUCGUGACUUUGCCCUCUGGUUGUGGAGAGCACACAACAAAGUCAAUGAAAGAUUAUCGAAAGAAGAAGAAACCAUGGGAACCGCAGAUCCAAAAUUUCCAAAGAUGAUCUGGCCUCCAAUGCAACUUUGCGCGUCCUGCUAUCGUUCUCGCAACAGCCAGAAGAUCGAAUGGGACGAGGAUGAAGUACAUACAUUCUUGACCAACUAUUAUGGUAAAACACUCAUCUCUCUAUACAAAACCAACAGUGCCCUUGGGAAUGUUGGUGCCAAAGGAAUUCUCGAUGAGUCGACAACUUCGACAAAUGCAGUCGCAGUACCGGUGGGGGCUGCAUUGGCGAUUGCUCUAGCAAGCUGUGCGUUCGGAGUGCUCGCUUGUUACUGGCGUUCACAGCAGAAGAGUCGGAAGUAUUACCACCAACGAAUACUCUUUAAAGAAAUAUGAUUAUUAGGAGAGGGCCAAGGAGAAGCUCGGACAUAAGGUUCAACACACAGUGACCGUUCAGGUUCGUAUCAUGAACUUAUUUUUGAAGACAAAUCGCGCCAAAUUUGCCAUUUCUUUUACUUGAUCUUCGCUUAAGCUCGACCGUUCCAGAGAAAAAACGAGAAACUUUUGUAAUUUAGCUUAUUGUAGGACUGAAAAGAUUGUUAUGAUUGUUUCCGACAAGAACAUAGGCAUCCUUUUGGGAAUGGGACUUUGUAUAAUUCAUCAUAAUCUUUGAUAAUUAAGAAAUCUUAGCAAAUUUCUAUA